AUGAAUUAAAUAAGCAAGAAAAUUAGAAAGACAAGAGUAAAGAAGAAAUGCUUAGUUGAAUCUUCUAAGAUUGUGUUUUGUAAAAUAUUUGCUUUCUUAACACCAAAAGAAAAAUUGAUGUGUCGCUUUGUUUGUAGGAUGUUUAAUUAUUAUUCCAUUUAAUCAAUAGAAUCCUUAAAUUUUUAAGCACAAAACACUAAAAUGAAAGCUUUCAAGCCAUUUAUAGGUACUUAAUCAUUUACACUUAGCAAAAUGCACCAACCUAAAAUAUUUAAUAUAUCCAUGUUUAUAUAAGCGAGUUUAAAUGACUUCUUUGGUGGGCAAAAAGAAGAGACCAUAAAUCAGAGAAAUUACUCAUUUGUGCUUUCGAUGCUAUGAAGAUAUUGCUGACCUUAUGAAAUUAAAUACUGGACUCAGAGCCUUAGAAUUGAAAUUUGAUUUCAGGGAAAUUAAUAAUCCAUAAAUACCUUAGGAAGUUUAAGAAAUUCUAUUAAAUUCAUCAAUUGAGGAAAUAAUAAUUAAGGAACAACAAAUUUCUGAUUUGGCUUUAAUUGAACUAAUGAAACACAAAAUCACCUGUAUAAAAUUAGAAGUGAGAAACGAUCAAAAUUAACUCAUAGAGAAAUUGAUAUCUAUAGAACUGAAACUUAAGAAACUAUACUUGAAAAUUACUAUUGUGGAUGCUCGAAUAGUAGAGACACUCAACUUCUUUUUAUAAUAAUAAUUGGACUUAGAAGUGCUCUAUUUGGAUUUCAAAAAAGGAGUAGACUUAACAAAUCACAAGAAAUUGAAGACAAUCAUACUAGAAAAUGCUUUCGAUUUGAAAUCUUCGAUGAAAUUUCCAACUGUUCUUGUUGACAAAGUCAUUAUCAAAUCAUUGACAAUUACUCAUAAGGACAUUAAGGUAUCUAUUCUAUCGAUUGAUUUAGUUUUUAUUGCAAAACUUCUCUCAUUAUAAAACCUUGGAUAUUGCCUCCAUUCAAGGGUGCUGGAUAGAUAUCCUAUUAGAUAAGCAAAAGGCUCAAACCCCAGUUUAAGAAUCGUAAAAACGACUAAAUGUUUACUUAAGCAAAGAUACAUUCAAAGGACUCUAAAAAAUAUUAGAAAUUUCUAAAAUUAAUUUAUUUUAAUUGGAACCAAUUGAAAACCUAUUCAAUUAUUUUUCAUGA